GGGCUAGAGAGCAGAGCGCGGAUGAAAGCGCUCCACGCAGGACAAGAAGUUCUGAAUGAACGCGCUUAAUUUCUCCACACCAUGGGAGACGGUUUACCGUCCGUAAACUACAGCAAUGACUCUAAACGCGCCACGGUGGAUCUUAACUUAUCAGAACAGUGGCUCGUGGGCAUGGGAAUCAUCAUGGGUCUGAUAGUAUUCAUCAUUGUAGUGGGAAAUAUACUGGUUAUAGUCGCCAUAGCCCGGAAUCAGAGGCUCCAGACGCUCACCAAUGUUUUCAUCGUGUCUCUGGCGUGCGCAGACCUCAUCAUGGGGUUACUGGUAGUCCCAUUUGGUGCAGCCUUGGAGGUUAGAGGAGCCUGGAUGUAUGGAUCAUUCUUCUGUGAAUUCUGGAUAUCUGUUGAUGUACUUUGCGUCACGGCGAGCAUCGAGACCCUGUGCGUCAUUGCAAUAGACAGGUAUAUCGCCAUCAUCUCUCCGUUUCGCUAUCAAAGUCUUUUAACAAAAGCACGAGCCAAGGUGGUGAUUUGUGGAGUGUGGGCUAUAUCAGCUCUGGUGUCAUUUCCACCCAUCCUCAUGCACUGGUCCCGGGACAGCGAGGAGACAACGUGCUAUGACAAUCCCGAGUGCUGUGACUUCAUCACCAACCGCGCAUAUGCCAUCUCCUCCUCUAUUAUAUCGUUUUACAUCCCUCUAACAGUCAUGAUAUUCGUAUAUGCCAGAGUGUAUAGAGAAGCCAAACAACAGAUGAACAAAAUCAACAAAUGUGAGGGAAGGUUUCACAACAAUCAUGGCACUAAUUGCAAACCUAACCGAAAACGAACCACCAAGAUCCUGGCUUUAAAAGAGCACAAGGCACUGAAAACGUUGGGAAUAAUCAUGGGAACGUUCACUCUCUGCUGGCUGCCGUUCUUCAUCGUUAACGUGGUGCGGGUGUUUUGCGCACAAAUGGUGGAUAAGGAGCUCUUCGUGUUUUUGAACUGGCUGGGGUACGUGAACUCAGCCUUCAACCCCAUCAUAUACUGUCGGAGUCCCGACUUCAGGAAAGCCUUUAAGAGGCUGUUGUGUUGUCCGAGGCAGGCGGACCGCCGGCUGCACGUGAGCUCGUGCGAUCUGUCGCGCUGCACCGGGGGCUUUGGGAACUCAAUGGAGCAGAGCAUGCUCGGGACGUGGUCGGACUGUAACGGCGCGGACAGCGACUGCAGUCUGGAGAAAAACGGCAGGAUAUCCCAUUCAGAAUCUCAGCUGUAAAAGUACAACCGUGACUAUUUAAUCAAUAUUACACGAGCAGGAGAGCAGUUUGUAUUUUAUAAGGUAAUUACGACCAGGCGAAAAGCGUGAUAUUGCUUGUUCGAUAAACAAUUAAUAUGACGUCUACGUUUCAGAGGAAAAAUGACCAGUCCUACAUUUCUCCUUCGUCAACGAAAAUAGUUCCAGAAAAAAAUCAAAGCGUUAUUUUUUACUAUCGCCAAGCAACGCACAAACUAAAUAUAUGGGUGGAGCGGGCCGCCACCCAACGCGUUCUGUAAUCACUCCCGGUUUUACUCCCCGCUCCGCGCGAUCGUGGAUCUAGAAAAAACACGCGCACUCGCUCCGCUUCCACUUCGACCUGCUCCUCCAUGAACACGAAUAAGCGGAGCGAUACAAACAGAGAAAAGUCAAAGUGCCGUUAUGAAUUUAUCCCUGCGUCUUAGUGUGCCUGCUUAUACUACGCUCUUAAAGUAUGUACUCCUUUGGUGAAGAAAAAGUACACACUUUUGAGUGUGUAGUAGAAGAGUAGGCAAGAUUUGGGACAUAGCUACUAUAACGUCAUACAACUGCGUCUUUGAAGGACCGCUCUGUCGCACCUGUUACAGGCACCCUGUCACUGUAAACUGGCCUGUCAAUCAUCUCGUCACGGUUAACAUCCUCCACAUUUCAUUUAAUUUAACUUCCUACCGUACUGGAGAGAAAAUAAGUAGCUCCUUGAUCUGCUAGUCGCUGUUCUUUCAUGCGGAAAACUCUCCUCAUUUUCUGCAUAAUGAUGCAUUUAAAAAUUAACGACCAAGUGGAUGUUUAUAAAAUUUCACAUUGCUGUUGCAGAUUAAAUAUAACACGGAUAACAAUAAAUAAUUUUUUUUUUUUUUACCAGGUUAAAUGUUGAUUAUUAGUAACUCAAACCCCUUUUUUUAAACCUCUCUAACUAAUCGUCGAUCGCGCGCAUCCGCCACGUUUGUAGUUUUUCUAACGCGUUUUAUUCGUGUUUGUAGUUCUGGACCGAAUCCUUCGCCAAAGCGCAAUGGAUUGUUGGCAGUUUUAGCCAUUAAAGUGUGAACAGAUCAACACUUCAAAAAUCGACCUGAAAUAAUAGACCAUCCGGGGACUUUUGGCAUACUCUUUUCAACAUACUAUGCUCUGGGACACACUUAUUCUAAUCUCACAUACUAUUUAGGAUGGAUAGUAUGAACAUUGAGACGCAGGGCAGUAGUUUUGGAAAGCAGCUCAGCCAAUCAAAAUCAAGGACCGGAACUAGCUGUCGUGUAAAAUAGAUAACCUAAAUUUUACAAUGUCGAAACAAACAACCAAAACGAACCCAUUUAAAUCUAUUCAAACUGAAAUUAAACAGCUCUGAUCUUGUGAUUGUUUAAACCAACUGUUUAAAAAUGAUCACAUUAAAUCAAGACCUUCAUGUAUUGUUAAAACUUUUUGUAAAAUACACACACAAAAAAUAUAACCUUUUUAGAUCCCUCAAUCUCAAAAGCAAAUGCUAGUCAUAAAAUGUUAAUGUGGGAUUAAAUGGGUUCAAAACAUUCACAAGAGUUGAAAAGAGCAGAAAAACGGAAAUCUUUUUAAAUACAAACCAUUCAGUAUUUAGCCGCAGUUUGGCCUGACUGAAGCAGUGGUGUGUUGAAACUGUUUCAUUCUUCAUAGCAAUGUUUUCAGGCUUUGAGCCUUUACAUUGUUUAUUGGGAUGUUUUAUUCUUGAAUGUGUGAUAUUAAAUCUUGUUUUACCUCAUACCAGUAUAAUGUGCAAAUUGUACGAGGAAGUUGUUUAUAUUAAACAAAUGUUAAAAUGUACAGUAUUUAUUUGAUGCAUUGUACAGCAUACAAAAAAGCGUGGCAAUGUGAUAAAAUAAUGUUAAGUGAUUUGCACCUUAUUUGUGUCAAAUGUGAGCUGCCCAUGGGGCAAUGAGCUUCUCUGCAUUUUCCAUUCAUUUCAAAUUUCUACCCGUUAUAUGUGUUACUAGAUUGAUUUAUCUGUAAAUGAGAUGCACAGACAUAUUUUUGGGCAGGUUUUGUUAUAAAUAUAUUGUUAAGAACUACACAUUUUGCAGAAAUAAUUUAUGUACCAGUGCCUCAUGUAAAGUAUUGUACAAGAUUCAUCAUGUUGACGUCAAGUUGGCUAGCGUGCAAUAAAAUGUGAUAUUGUGAAAAGGCACAUAA